AUGGCCCUCCUCCUCCUCCUACUGCUCGCAAUCCCCGCUCUCUGCGCUCCACAAACCCUAACACCGCAACACACUACCACUCCCCCACAACACUGGACCCCUCUCUCCCGCGCACCUCCCUCCCACCCCCUCCAGCUCCAGAUCAUACUCCAUCAACCUAACAUCUCCUUGCUUCAUUCCCGUCUCCUAGCUGUCUCUGACCCGUUGCACGAGGAAUACGGGCAGCAUCUGACCAAGUCGGAGGUGGAUGACCUUGCUGCUCCGGGGGAGGAGAGCGUACGUGCUGUAGAGGGUUGGCUGAGGGAUGCCGGGCUCUCGCACCGUGCUCAGAGAACAAGAGGCGGGAUCUCCCUCCUCCUCCCUGUAUCGGAAGCCGACCCUCUCCUGGGCGCAGAGUACACUCUCUUCCAGCAUCUUCAUACCAGGGAAGGGAUUGCUCGCACUUUAUCCUACUCCCUCCCCCCGGCUUUACAUGCCCACAUACGCGCAAUACAGCCUACGACGAUCUUCGCCCGUCCUCUGGCUAUGCAUUCUCCCCCACGCGUCCGACCGCUUCAAGUGCUAGCCAACACCCUCCAAACCGGGGAUAGCGAUGUCACUCAGCCCACGUGCGAGCCGAACGUGACCCCUGCGUGCUUGGCCCAGAUGUACGGCACGCGGGGAUACACUCCUGCGGGGGAUGAAAGGCUGGGGAUCACUGGCUACCUUGGGCAGAACGCGAAUCUGGAGGAUCUGCAGAGGUUUUAUCAAGCGUUUGCGACGGAUGCUCAGGGGAGCAGUUUUACGACUGUGUUGGUUAACGGAGGGGAGAAUAACCAGACCUUGUCCGCCGCUGGCACAGAAGCGAACCUCGACGUCCAGUACUCCGGUGCACUGACCUUCCCCCUGGAGAACAUAUUCUACAGCACAGCCGGCUCCCCUCCCUUCCUACCCGAUCCCUCAGAACAGGAGAACACGAAUGAGCCGUAUGCCGCUUGGCUGGAGUAUAUGCUCGGCUUGGAAGACCAGGAGUUGCCUGGUGUUGUGAGUACCAGUUAUGGGGAUGAUGAGCAGAGCGUGCCGGAGGGGUAUGCACGGGCCGUGUGUGACCAGUUCGCCCAGCUCGGAGCGCGGGGCGUAUCCCUCCUCUUCGCCUCUGGCGACGCAGGCGUCGGACCAGCGGAAAACGAGUGCUACUCCAACUCCGACGGGAGGAAGAUGUUCGUCCCUGAUUUCCCGGCUUCGUGCCCUUGGGUCACUAGUGUCGGGGCGACGACGGGUGAUCCUGAGAUAGCGGCUUCCUUUUCCGGAGGAGGAUUUAGCAACUAUUUCCCUCGCCAGGAAUGGCAGGACUCGGCUGUUGAAGCCUAUUUGAGCACGCUGAACGGUUCGUAUGCAGGCAUGUACAACUCUUCUGGGAGAGCGUACCCCGAUGUUUCAGCCCAAGGACAGAAUUAUGUCGUCUACGUAUCCGGCCAACCUGGGCUAGUGGACGGCACAUCCUGCUCCACGCCAACAUUCGCAAGUAUCAUACUCCUGCUCAAUGACGCCCUUCAACAGCAAAGCAAGCCUCGCCUGGGGUGGCUGAACCCGUGGCUCUAUGGAAGGGGGAAGGCGGGUGUGGGGGAUGUGAGCGUUGGGAGGAACCCCGGGUGUGGGACGGCGGGGUUUGGGGCGGGGAGGGGGUGGGAUCCUGUGACGGGGUUGGGGACGCCGAGGUUUGGACUGUUAAGGGAGGUUUUGGGGGUUUAGGGCUGUUCGUGGAUGCCCAUGCAAUGCUCAUGCGUAUGGGUAUGCAGGAAGCUGAUUUGGGAUUGGGAAGUCGAGCGUUGCUACGGUUGGGUUUACGCAUAUGGGGGAGGGGGAGGAGCUGAGCUGACGAGACUCAGGCUGGGCCGUGGACAGUUGCACGCUUGACCGGGGCGGACUGGCACUGGAGCGGGAGGGCAGAUCAAGUAGGCAGUACGCAC